CCACUUGGCGCUCUAGUUCCUCGCGCAACCUCUGCUGCUUCGCUCGCGCGAGCAUCGACGCGACGACGCUCAUCGAUUUUGCCCACUUCACAAAACCCUAGGCCCCAACCGCCCCCACCCAUGGCGACGCCGGCACCGGGCGCCUCCGACGUGGCCAACCCUCAGACCGACGAAGCCCCACAGGCCGAGGCAGCAGCGGCAGCGGAAUCGGAAGGGACCGAGGCAGAUGUAGCCGCCGCGAUCGAAUCAGAAGGAGCGUCGACGGUGGCAGCGGUAGUGGACGGGGCGGCGGCUCCCGGAGACGCCCCGUCCGCUACCGCUCCAGCUCUCGCUCCCACUUCCACCUCCAAUUCUGCGGCGCCUCCUCCUCCGGCUUCUCCUGCGACGCCUUCCACUCCAGGGCCGCCGCGGCCUCAGUUUGCGGGCUCCCCGGCCUACAUGGCGCUCCCCGCGCCGGCGCCGUCGCAGUCGCCGGCCUUUUCUUAUAACGUACUGCCUAGGGCGCCACCCCCGCCGCAGGUGGGCAGCGGUGCAAUCCAGCCAGGCUCUUCCCCGGCUCUCAUGGCUCCUCCAAUGCCUGCAUCAGCUCUUCAGCCACCAGCCCCGGGGCAAUAUUUUGGGAACAGACCUUCUUUCUCAUAUAAUGUAGUCUCGCAUGCAAAUUCUAGAUUGCCUACUGGUCAGCAGUUUCAACUUGACACUGGCACAAACCAUACUGGUCAAGUUUCUAGAUUUGUUCCGCCAGGUUCCUUGCAGCCUCCAGCCCCUGGUCAAUUAGCUCGCCCAAUCGCAUUCCCUGGAGCUAUGCAACCAAAUCCUCCUGGAUCUAUUCGGUCACCAUUUCCUGCACCCAGGCCAUCCAAUAUUCCUUUUGGUGCAAGUCCACAACAGGGCAACUCGGAGGUUAAUACUUCCAAGUCAGAUGCCCCAAGUGCACCAGAGGUUAGUCCCUGUACCAUGCAGUUGCCUGCUGGCCUGCCGUCAAAUUCUCCUUCAACAUUUACAAGUGCUUCUGGAAGUCCUUCAAUCCCUAUUCAGAUGCCAAAUCCGUCAGUGCCACCUCGCCCUGAGGCAUUUGGGGCAGUUGGACCGUCUGUACCUGGACAACCUUCUGCAAUCUUCUCUAAUCCACCAAGUCUCCUUGGGAGGCCUAUUGUUCCAUCUGCUGCUCCUUUGCUCCAAACAACACCAUCAGCUGCAAACCCCGGUGUUAUCCCACAGAAUUCUCAACCGCCAUAUUACCCGUCCUCCUAUCCUUCAGCACCCGGUAUUGUUCCACCUCAACCUUUAUGGGGACAUCCUCAUCCUCAACAACCUGCUGGUUUUCAGCAGGCCCCCUUCCAGUCAUAUCCAGCUGGUCCUGUAGGGUCUCUUGGCAGGCCAAUGAUUGGGACUUCUGCUGUGCCUACAACUUUGCCCAAUGUCCAACUACCUGGUGUCUCAACUGGUGGGGAUUGGAAGGAACAAGCAUCAACAAAUCCAGGAUCUGUGCAGCCCACUCGUACUUCAGCUGAUCCACCUUCCACAGGACAUGGAGGUCAAGUCAAUGAUCAGCUGGAGGACCGAAAAAACACUGGAAUUCAGGAUUCGGACGCAUGGUCUGCACACAAAACAGAAGCUGGUGCUGUGUAUUAUUACAAUGCCUUGACAGGAGAAUCAACUUAUCAGAGACCACCUGGUUAUAAGGGGGAGCUCGAGAAGGUCGCAGCCCAACCAGUUCCAGUUUCUUGGGACAAAUUGGCUGGUACCGAUUGGAGCAUAGUAACUACUAGUGAUGGAAAGAAAUAUUACUAUGAUAAUAAGCAAAAGGUUAGCAGCUGGCAACUUCCACGAGAGGUGACUGAGCUCCUCAAGAAUGCAGAGUCUGGUUCCUUAAAAGAAGGUCCAACUUCACUGCAGGAUAAGGGAGUAAUAAGCAUUGAUACAAGUACCCCUGCCAUACAGACAGGUGGCCGUGAUUCGUUGCCCCUUCGACAAACAGUUGCCCCUGCAUCGCCUUCUGCAUUGGAUUUGAUAAAGAAGAAAUUGCAGGAUGCUAGUUCUUCCAGUGCGCCUUCACCUCUCGCUACUCCAUCUUCUGCUUCUGAAUUGAGUGGAUCUAAACCAGUUGAUGCUGCACCUAAGGGACAGCAAGUCUCGAAUAAUGGUGAGAAAUCAAAAGAUAAUAAUGGCGAUGGGAAUACGUCCGAUUCCUCUUCGGAUUCAGAUGAUGAGGAACAUGGGCCAAGUAAAGAGGACUGCAUUCGUCAGUUUAAGGAGAUGCUAAAGGAACGAGGAGUUGCACCGUUUUCAAAGUGGGAUAAGGAACUUCCAAAAAUACUGUUUGAUCCACGUUUCAAGUCUAUUCCAAGUCACUCGACGAGACGGGCUAUAUUUGACCACUAUGUUCGGACGCGUGCUGAAGAGGAGCGGAAAGAGAAAAGAGCUGCCCAGAGGGCUGCAGUAGAGGCGUAUAAACAAUUACUAGAAGAAGCAUCCGAGGACAUCAGCCCCAAAACAGACUACCAGGAAUUCAAAAGAAAAUGGGGUGCUGAUCCUAGGUUUGAAGCCUUGGAUCGAAAGGAAAGGGAGGCUCUUUUCAAUGAGAAGAUGAAGUCUGUUCAAGAAAAAAUCCAAUCAACACGCAAUGUUGUCAUUGCUGACUUCAAAUCAAUGCUUCGAGAAAGUAAAGAUAUAACCUCAGCUAGCCGAUGGACCAAAGUCAAAGAAAAUUUCCGGAGUGAUCCGAGGUACAAAGCCAUGAAGCAUGAAGAGAGGGAGAAUACUUUUAACGAAUACAUAACGGAACUAAAAUCUGCCGAAUUGGAAGCAGAGCAAGCUGCCAAGGCCAAAGUGGAUGAUAAAGCCAAGUUAAGGGAGAGGGAACGUGAAACGCGCAAAAGGAAAGAAAGGGAGGAACAGGAAGUGGAGAGAGUAAAAUUGAAGAUCCGAAGAAAAGAGGCUGUGUCAUCAUACCAAGCUUUACUUGUUGAAAUGAUUAAAGAUCCCAAGGCAUCAUGGACAGAGUCCAAACCGAAACUUGGAAAGGAUCCACAAGGUCGUGCUUUAAAUCCUGACUUAGGCCAAGGUGAUGCAGAAAAGUUAUUUCGUGACCAUGUGAAGGACCUAUAUGAGCGUUGUGUCCGUGAUUUCCGGGCACUUCUAUCUGAGGUUAUUACUCCGGAGGUAGCAGUGCGGGCAACAGAUGAAGGGAAAACUGCAUUUAACUCUUGGAGCGAAGCCAAAGGUCUUCUAAGAUCUGAUCCAAGGUACAACAAACUGGCGAGUAAAGACAGAGAGUCUAUUUGGCGGCGCUAUGCUCAUGACUUGACGAGGAAACUCAAACGGUCAGACACGAAGGAGGAGAAAUCGGAUACAGAUGUGAGGCAACCUAGGUCCUCCGAUCCGCCUAGGCGGAGGUAGCUUGUAGUAAUAUCCAUUUGUACUCUCUAGUUGCUGUUCUUUCUGUAGGUAGUUCAGGGCCUGCGUACACUCAACUUGUAACACACUGAAUUGAAUUGUCGUCGCCACAGUUUUGGUACCGAGAGCUUACAUUUUUUUAAAAGUUCUUUCAGCUUUAUUGCCAUUUUUGGAGCUGUCAGAUCACAUAUUGAGGCAUUUCAUGAAUUUUUCCAUUUACCUACA